AUGUAUCUGACCUUUGUGUUCGCGACUAGCAUUGUCUUGAACAUCUUAGUAAUACUGGUUUUCAAUAAAAGGGCUGGUCAUGUGACCCAUUCUAAUAAAUUCCUAUUGAAUUUAUCAAUCUGCAACCUGAUGUCCUCUCUGUUUAUUGUACCAUUUGCCUUUGUUACCCUUUUACUCCGUGGAUGGAUUUUCGGAUACGUGUGGUGUCAGAUGACUGGGUUCUUCAUGAAUUUGGUAUUCACCGCCAGUACUUUAACACUAGUAGUUAUCGCCCUUGACCGUUACCAUGCCAUCGUGACGCCAUUACAUUAUCCAAUGUUGAUGACGUCAAAGAAGUGUUACAGAAUGCUGAGUUUGGUGUGGGUUGUUGCAAUAAUUACGAUGUUCAACUCUCUUUGA